AUGACGCGAUUCACCUGUUUCACAGCAGUUGUACUCCUGUGCAUGCCAUUUGCUGUUGGUAAGAACAAUAAUCUUACACUUGAGCAAACUGUUACAUUGUGUAAUGCUCUGAAGCAGUUCAGGGGACUGAAAGAUGCCGUCCGUGACCUAAAAUAUUGGAUAACUACCGAAUCAUUGAAGAUAUCGAAUGCCAAGACUCGGAGUGAUGAAUAUGUAACUUUGGCUGAGGAUGUCUUGUGGGAGAACAGAAAUGCCACCGAUCCCGUCGAGCGUGCGAAGCGUGUUGCUUCCAACGUUACUGAGGCCGCCAAGAAAGCUGAAACCGCAUCCAUUGAGACUGAGUUUAGGGCGGAGAAUAUUGAAGAGAUCAGGAGCAAUCGUAUAGCAGCGUUAGAGCGCAUGUUGAAGGAGGUGGCAGGACACAAUUCCAAUUGGAGAGUCAGGAGCGCGGCUGAAAAAUGCAAGGGAGCUGCUGAAAGCGUGUCUUCCGAUUCCCUUAACGGUACGCUGUUGGAGUUGUUUAGUACGUUACCUGAGGGUGCUUCGGAAGGUUUGGAGGAUGACACCCGGGAAAGUUCCGGGGAGCUGUGGAAGCUGGAGUUUGUGCUCUACAAUGUCGUUACUUGGAGGUCGGUGGCGCUCAAAGGUGAGUCUACGGUGAAGGAACUGGUCGAGGGAACAAAGGCCUCUAUCACCAGAAAGUACAAUCUUACUCUGAAUCAGACACAAGCAGUGUGUUUGAUGGUUGAGCAGUACAGAGGCCUAAAAGGUGCAGUGGACGCAUUCACGGAGCAAGCUGUGAGCCGUUCUGCAAUGGUUUCUAAAGUGGAGGAACGGAGCCAAGCGGAUGCAAAGCGUCCGGGGGGACACAUGGAUCAGGUGAAGCGGGCCGUUGCUGAGGUUGCGAAAGCAGUAAGUAAAGCACAGAAUGUGUUUAAGAAGGUAAGCAGGUAUGCAAGGAAUCUCAAAAGUAUAAGGGCUCAUUACCUACCACUCAUGGAAAAUACGCUAAGGAAGAUAGCUGGAAAUGCUGCAGAUGAGAAAGCAAAGAAGGCUGCUGAGGUGUGCGGGGAAACAGCUUGGGUGGUGACACCCAAAUCUCUGGAUGAUAUGAGGAAGAAACUUAUGGACAACUUUCCAAAUCUCUCGGAGCGACUGGAGAGUGACACACGUGUGGUCUCUCAUAUGCUUGAAGAUCUGAAUACAUCCACACAGCUGAUUACUAUUGCCAGCAUUGCCGUGCGGAGAAAAGAGGUCAAACUGAAUAAAACGAUGGAGGUGGCUGGAGUUGCUUCUCUGAUCGAGUUUGGUGAAGGUCGUUUGUCUUCAAUGGGAAGUGCAGCAAGCAAUAAGAACCACAAUUUACGCUUAUUAUUAUUUUCCCUUACUUUCACAUUAGUUGGUCUUUUGUAG